GGUUAAUAGCUAACUAAACAUUAGUAUAUACAGUAUGUUGUAGUGACAAAAGUUAGUGUUGGAAUUUUUGUAAUUUUCUCUUUUAAAUUGUUUUUUUCACUCAAAUGAGAAUCUGAUAUUUACUAAAUUAUACUUAUACCUACUAAUUUGUUUUUAUAUAUUAUCAAAACCCUUCUUGAUAAUCUUGUAAUUUGUACAUUUGUUGAUUUACCUUUAAAAUCGAAGUUUAACUCAAUGUAAAUAUAUGAUUAUUUUAAUACACAGAUGACUAGGGUGGAAUUAUCUAGAAGGCUCAAGGUUCGCUCCUACUUGAAGUGUUUGUUCUUUGUGCUUGGGAUCUAUGUUUGUUUUUUAUCCUUCGGGUACUUUUUGGAGAAACUUCUUAAGUUUAAUUAUGAAGAGAAUCGCAUUUAUAGUUUUCCUAUUUUUAUAGUUGUAAUUACCACUUUUUCAAACCUGAUAAUGAGCUCUACCUUGCUCCUGGUUCAACAUAACAAAACCACGGUCCUAUCUAGCCGUAAAUCGCAUCCAAAUUUAAAGAAUCCGGCCAAAUUAUCCGGUAGUUUUGAUGAAUCUGGUAAAAUGGCCUCAACUCCAGAUUUGACCGAGAAAUUGGAGGUCAGAUCUUCUUUGUUUUCAGUGCUUGAAAAGAAGCACCUAGUUAAGCUUUCAAUCUCCUCCUCAUUUUGCGUUUUAGCUCAAAUGACUUCUACCUACGCACUUCCUCGUGUAGGUACUCCCACGCAGGUGGUUAUCAAGAGCUCCAAAAUGGUUCCGAUUCUGAUUGGAGGCUUUCUUCUGUUUAGGAAGAAGUACGCCUGGUACGACGUCAGCUGUGUUUUUUGUGUAACUUUAUCUCUCAUCUUGUUCAACUUUGACCACUUUGUAAACUAUAAAAGUAACAAGACUUCAGUUUUUGGCAUUUUCAUGUGCUUCCUCUCACUAGUUUGUGACGCUUUUGUCGGCCCUAUCCAGGAUGACGUUCUUUCAAAAGUAGAUGUGCAUCCUCACGUCCUAAUGUUCAUCACAAACCUAGUUUCUCUGCCUCUUGCAUUCCUUGUUUCUUUCCUAACUGAGGGUCUUGAUCCUUUCUACAUCCUCUUUAAGCACAGACAUAUUUUGAGACUUGUGUUCUUUCUGGCCGUUUCUGGUAGUUUGGGCCAACUUUUUGUAUUUCUAUGUAUCAAGACCUAUGGUAGUUUAUACACUGGCAUCAUUACAACUCUCAGGAAAGCCUUCACAACUCUCCUAUCUGUCUACAUUUUCAAGCAUAAAAUGACCCACCUUCAGUGGUUUUCUCUCAUUCUAACCUUUUCUAGCAUCUUCUUUCAACAGUUUUUCAAAAACAAAUCAAAGAAAUUUAAAACCAAAUGACAUUCAGUUCACACAUCUAAUAUGCUAUACUAUAAA